AUGAGACAAAGCCCGAACAUCAUUGUAACUGGAACUCCCGGUGUGGGCAAGACCACCCACAGCGAGAUUUUGGCAGAGCGAACUGGACUUCGACAUGUCUCCGUGAACCAAAUAGUCAAGGAUAAGGAGUGUCACGAAGGUUGGAGUGACGAGUACCAGAGCUGGAUUGUGGAUGAAGACAAACUACUAGAUGCCAUUGAGGAAGAUGUCAAAGCUGGUGGCUGUAUAAUCGACUGGCAUGCCUGUGAUCUUUUCCCACGAAGCUGGAUAGACCUGGUUGUGGUUUUGAGGGUGGAUUCUUCAACCUUGUUUGACAGGUUGACGGCUAGAGACUAUGCCGAAGCCAAGCUUCAGGAGAACCUGGACUCGGAAAUCAUGGAGGUGUUACUUCAAGAGGCACGGGAGGGCUUUGAUGAGGAGAUUGUCAUUGAGCUGAUGAGCAACACCUCUGAUGAGAUGGAGUCUAAUGUAGACCGGAUUGAAGCGUGGGUUAAGCAAUGGAAGCUGGAUAAUACUUCUGCAGGUAAUUCUUGA